AUGGCAAAAUAUAGAGCUAAUCCAGAUAGUUCUAUGUUUGUAAAAAAGAUAUUUAUUUCAAUUAUCAUCUUUGCUUAUGCUGAAGUAGAGAAGAAACACCAGAAACGUGGAUUGUACGACUUUGGAAGUUUCGACAACAGUUACGCAGGGGAUUUUGGUCAUUCUGAUGAUCACAUUAAAACUCUUACAAUUACAAAGAAGGUUCCAUAUCCUGUACCACAACCUUAUGUAGUGCCUGUGACGAAACACAUACCAGUACCAGUAAAGGUGCCCGUAAAAAUUCCAGUGGAUCGGCCUUAUCCAGUUAUAGUGCCAAAACCAUAUCCAGUAGUUGUCGAGAAACCUUAUCCAGUGGUAGUUAAUAAACAUGUGCCUGUCGAGAAACCUUAUCCAGUAAAAGUUCCUGUACUAGUACCUCAACCUGUUCCAGUACUCAAGCCUUAUCCGGUUACAGUUCACAAACCUUAUCCUGUAAAAGUCGCAGUGCCAGUUGUAGUUGAAAAGAAAUUUCCAGUUUUCGUCUCUAAACACAACGAUCAUUAUUUCUAG